CCUGUCAUCUGCAACUCCGCAAGAACCUCGAUUCUGCGCGCGCAAUUCAACAUGACGGAUUCCGAUUCCUCCUCGUCCUUGUCCUCUAUCGUCUCGACGGCUGACGAGUCCAUCGCAGAAUCCGUCAACCGCAGCGCUGGAAUCACCAAAUAUUUCAAAAAGGCUGAGAAACCGGAGCGACCGCCAUCUCCUAAACGGCUUCCGUCGCCUCCUCAUGAAUACGUUCUGGCCGAUAAUCCUAAUAUUGCAUUCCUAGUGAUGUUUCGCUCGAGAUUCAGUGACGUCUUUCCCAAAUCGCUUCCGCAUUACGGCCCGCAGGAUAUAGAAAAAGGCGUUGUCGAACCCGCGCCGGGUGACCACGUCGAGCGUCUGCUAUGUGCAUUGCUUAGUCUGGUACUUAACAGGAAGAAAGAUGUCGAUCUGCUAAUACGAAACUUCUUCUUUUUAUCUUUCUUUAGGAGAGGUCACUAUCAACGCGCCCUCGAGGAAGCUAUACAAACACAUCAGUCGCAGUGGCCAAAGGCAUGGCAGGGGAAAAGCCCCCUUGCGAAUGGAGGAGGAUUUAUGACGAUGACUCCAGAGGAAAGGAUCCAAUUGCUCGCGACUCUGACAAUUUGGGCCCUCUCCUCCUCUGAAUCUGUGCAGGCGAAGCUCAAGGAAUCCUAUAAACAAUCUAGGCACGAUGGAGAUAAGAAUCAGCCGCUGUCCGUUCAACCGUGGGGGUCAGAUACUCUCAAAAGGCGGUACUGGCUUAUCGAAGGCCAAGAUGAUACACACUUUCGACUUUACAGAGAAAGCAAUCCAGCCUUGAAGACGAACACAUGGUGGAGCGUAGCUGGCUCAAUACCAGAACUACGAGCUGUAGCCGAAUCUCUAGCAACGGAGAAAUCCCGUGCAUCCCGGGAGUUAAGUCAGAAGAUACUUAACAGUAUCCCGCGAUUUGAAAGCUCCGAAGAGAAACGCAAACGACGGGACUACCGCAUUGCGCGGAAAGCUGCAUUUGCCCGUCCCGAACCCGGCUUCUCUCUCUAUGAAGGCCGAACUCGUGGGAAGCGAAUCAAGUAUACUUUCUCUGACGACGAUGAUUUUUCCUCUGGCGCCCUGCCGUCCAGAAGAUCCACGCGCAAUCAGUCACGCGCCUCGUCUCCAGAAAAUGCCGGUCCUACUUUUACUGCAUCUGGCCGCCAGGUCAAAUCUAGACUAGGUGGCUUUUAUGGCCAGUCUAUUCUUGGCAAACGGCCCUUUGAAGCUACUGACGAUGAGCCUUUGAACAACCCUGCUGGCAGGGAAGGAAUGGAGAACGGCAGGUCUCGAAGAAGCAGACGUGAACAUAUAAAUAAUGGAUGGGAAGACUCAACACCUAUUGACGAAGAUAAUUCAGAAGGAGACGAUGAGCAUGAAGAUGCUUCGAGCGGGAACGAGUGGGACGAAGAUGCAGACCUUGCUGCUGACGAUGAAGAUGAAGACGAAGCGGGACUAAGCGACACAGACUCAUUUACGGCAGACCUACACCUGGAUAGAAACAGAAGCUUGAUCGUUACGCUGAAGUAUGGGAAAGGAAACGCAGCAAAAAUGCCUCAACCCGACUUCGUUCAGGCAGAGCCGUUGAAACAAGAGCCGAUUCACAACGGUAACCUCCCGACAGAAACUCCCACGAAUGGCUACAGCAUCGCUGUAACUGGCGAGUCAGCAAAGGAACCCCAUAUAACUGUCGAAAUACCACCCAAGCCAGAAUUGUCGAACAACAGCUCUCCUUUAAAGCAGACGUAUACCCCAACCGCCGGCAAACAGGAGACCCAACCUCCUUUUUAUAAUGGAGUUAUCUGA